AUGCUUGACUCCGUCUGCAGACAUUUCCCACACAUUAGGAGAGAUAAAGUCGCGUUGGAGACCAAUCAGCUCGAUAUCUGCGAUGGACACUAUGUCCACAUCACGGCUGAAGUCUGGAAUGAUGUCAUUGAGUUCCUUCACCUCGUUGAGGUGACUGGGGGUGUGGAUACGACAUUGCAGGACCCACGGCUGUUCGACGGCGGUCAAUCGUCGCCGAGCCAAUUUGGUGAACUGGACAGCUGCUCCUCGAACGAUGACGAUGACGAGGUUUGGGACAUUGUCCCAAUCCUGUCAGGGGAGUCCGAUAACAAAGUCACAGUCAAACUCGCUUUUCCAUCUGGCGAGAUUCAGACUAUCACAAUCUCGAGGGAAAUGUGGGUGGACAAACUGGUUUCUGAUGCUAGUAAGAUAUUGGGAAAAGAUCCCGUUUAUGUCGAUGCGGUUUUCGAGGGGAUGAAGAUGCAUGGGAACCGGAAGAUCGCAUCGUACAGCAUAGAGGAUGGCGACUCUAUCGCCAUUCGAGAUAUAAGUUACAGGUCUAGGAUGCUUACAAAAAAGCCAGUCAUUUAUCUAUACUCGCCCUCCGACAUCGAUGUCUCGGUCAAGCUCUCCCUAAUUCCAGAGCUGAGCCUCUCUGUCAUCUAUCCCAUUGUCACCAUAGAAGACCAUGGACACCGUCUAGAAUGGAACGUACGCACCCAUCAAGAUGGGAGUCUGACCGAACAUAAUUCUGGCUUGAAUGUGUCGUACUUAUUCUGGGAGACAGAGACAAAUUUACAAGAAUUUCCCCGGUCUCCAGCAUCCAAACCGCAACCGGUGGAUACAUUCAAUCCAGUAUCCAGUAAUCUCGAUGAUAUGGAUUCAAUUGUCAUUCCAGUGGACAGAGUAACAGUUUACCUCGAUAACUCGCUCAAGGUUUUGGGACUUCACACCGAAGCCAGAACAUCAUUCAUAACCUACUGGCUACCAUCGAUCCUUAAGCACAAAUACAUUGCCCUCCGAUUUGUCCCUCAAGCGACAUUCGAACGCGCCGCUUCUUUAAGCAUUUCUCCGCAGCCCGACGUCGUGACUCGCGUAUUCAUGUUGUUCAAAGGUAUCUGUGAGGAGGACUUAGUAAAUUGGGCUAGUGCACAAGAUCAAGCAGAGAAAGACGUUGCUUGGUGGGUGGAUGUAGUUGGAGUUGAUCCUGCGAGAGCUGGUGAUGUGACUUUGUUCAGGGUGUUGGAAUGGGGCGGAAUGGAGGUUCUCAUUUGA